AUGGCUGCUUCACCUAUAUUUUAUUCAAGACCGAAUACUGCUAUAAGUUUUUCUUCUUUUUAUAAGGGAUUUAAAGUUUUCAAAUGGAGCAUAUCCAAACUAGCACAAAGAUUAAACGCUUCUACGGGUAGCAGAAGGUUGAUACCAACAAAUACUUUAUUGCAUAUUUUAUUAAUUUCAUUAGCUUUCAAUGCUUUAGAUUCAUAUAUUUUAAAUACGGCUUCUCCAUUUUUUAAACUGUUUUUACCCUAUCUAAUAUUUUUGUAUACAAAAAAUGAUGCUUUGAAAUACGGUAGUCUCAAUUCCACUAAUAAAAACGAUGCCGACGUUGGUCGAAAUAUAUUGUGGAGAACAUUACAAACGUAUGACUUAGAAAAUAAAACAAGAUUUUCUGUUUUGAUUAAGCUUUUAUCGAAAAUAAGAUAUGAAGAAAAAGGUUUAACUAAUAUCACAGGCAAUAGAAAUGACCAAGCUAAGAUACAUAUGCUACUACUGGAUUAUAAUAAAAUUCUUACAUUGAUUAUCUUACAAGUAUUUGAUAAAUAUAGUACCAGAAAUAGUAGCGUUAUUAGUAAUACUAGUAAUUAUAAUACAUUGAUUAAGAGUAUAUGUUUUAUUAUAUAUAUUUACAUAACUACACCAAUAUUGGGAAUAUCAACUUCAAUAACUACAUCGUUACUGCCCACCUUACUGCUUCCCUACAACCUCCAAAUAAUAUUGAUUUCACAUAUAUUAAACCUAUUAAACUCAAUGUAUUUACUGUUUGAUUUUUAUUUUGAAACUUUAAAUCAAUUAGUACUCACCUCUUCUAUUACUAUUAGAAAGCAGCAACAAGAAAUUUGGUUUAGAUCUAGACUAGGUAUAUUAUUGGGCUGUUACAUAGCAUUCUAUCUGGUUGUAGUUACUAUACUACCCGGUUGGUUAUGGUGUUUAAUUUGGAUCACCGUCGGUGAAUAUUGUACUGGAUUAUUGCUAACAAGAGUAACAAAUGAGCUUUCUAUUAGUAAUAUUAGUGUUAACAAUAGCGAUACUGCUGGUGCUAGCGCAAAUAAUAAAUGCGCAAAUUCAACUCUAACUUUAAUUAGAAUCUCGACCGAUAAGAACAUUACUAGAUGGUUGAACAAGGAAAUAUUUUGGAUAGACAAUAAAUGA